UACGAUUUUAACGUCAAACGAGCUUUCCAAACUUCAGUCGCGCCUCACACAUCGCUUGAGAAAGCUCUAUUCUUUAAGGAUUCCUUUAGCUCGUGGAAAGUUUCAAGCAAACUGUACGCCCGGCUUGGCUGUCGGUAGUGACCAGAAUGAAUCUUUGGUCCUUAGCAUUACUGGCAGGGUUUCUAACAAUAGUAACAUACAACAAUCUUGCAUUUUGAAGGUAGACCAACCCAAACGGUUUCUACGUUUGAGAGCCAAGAGGAACGACAACUAUGAAGGCUUCUUGCACGUCUUUCUUUAUGAAGCAGGAAGAUCUUCCUUGCUCGGUCAGCUGGAAGUCUCACAAACAACUCCUUUUUGGGAAACUCUUAACCUCUGCUCAUCUGGCUCGACAAAUCAUCAUCAAAACUCUGGGGAAAAGCUAUUGUCAGUUGAAGGGACAGGUAAUCUGUCUUUCACAGUGCAAAUAGCCGAAGGUGGCUCCGAGAUUGUGUUAGAUGAGCCACGCACAGUCAAUGUCAGGGGAGAUGAGGUGAGCGUUUUCCAAUUCUUUCCACCUCAAGGUAUCUCUGAUAAACAAUUGGACAUAACCGUCACGUCUCAAUCCAAAGUUUCCGCCUAUUUGAAGGUAACGCAGAACUGUAAAGAAGUCGAUCUCCAGGAAGACCUAGAGAGUAUUGAUUACAAGAAAGAAUCUCUUCGACUUUCCUUUGAAUCAAAAGGACGGAUUACUUUAUCCAGAGCUUCCAUUCCCCCCUUAAAUGUUUCCAUCUCCAGAUGGUUCAUUGGAAUUGGUCUUAAGAACUUAUCAGGUGACGUUAAAUUUAGUGACUCAAAAAAUGUUGUUUUGAAGCUGACAAGGUCGUUCGAUUAUAAUUAUACCACACCCAUUUGUGUCCUAGUUUUUGCAUCACUUUUGGGUGGCAUAUUAGUUUCAGUCAUAGCAUUAGGGCUUUUUGAGGAAUCCCUCACAGUGGUGAAGUUUGUAAGUGUGGACAUUAGAGAACUUCAGGAGUUAUCGUCUGGUAAUCAGGACAGCAAUCGCAACAAUACAAAUGAUGAACUAAAAUGGUAUCAAAAAUGGAGAAAAUUUAUUUCAGCCAUGUUCACAGUAGGAAAAGAUUAUUGGUUUUCUCACGGUCCAAAAACCUUCUCCUACAUCACAGGCAUUGUGGGAAGCGUUCUUAUGGUCGGAUCAUUCCAGUUUGUCUUUGCAAACUGGCGUACAAUGAUUUUGGAGGGUGACAGAGAUAAUUGUUACUACAACGACUUUUGCUAUCGAGUUUUCAAACACGACAUUCCUUUUAAUUUAAUGAUAAGUAACUUAGCUUACGUAAUUCAUGGUUUAAUCUUAACUAUUUGCGUAUGGAGGCUGGAAACAAAGCUGUACCUUCAAAUUCAGGAUAAAUUUAGCGGAACUGCAAGACAGCAGGCUUUCCUUCCUGACCACGUUAUUAUAUGUCCCAAUGCCACAGCGCAUUUUUUUGAGGGAAGAAUUCCAAACGAUAAUAUCAGGGAUUCAGAAAAGAAAAAAUUUAUUGCCGAAGCAAUGAAAAAGAGGUACUGUUUUUCCAUUGGGUAUGCGUUUUCCUGGGGACUAAUCUUCGAGGGAUUGUUUUCAACACUUUACCACUUCUGUCCAAGCAGGUUCACAUUUCAGUUCGAUUCGGCCUUCAUGUUUAUCAUAGCUGGUUUAACAGUGCUGAUGUUAUUUAAUGGCAUUGAGCAGAAUCGUUGUCCUUCUUCUGAAAAUGUUAAGUAUCCAGUUGGCGCUUCGAACUUCUUCCUUUUUUUCAUUGUACCUCUUUUUAUUUUUAACUACUUCGGCUCGCUGUUUAACUCCGAUUCUGGGCUUAACAAAGUGCUGCAAGGGUUUUUCUUCACGCUUCUGGUCAUUUGGUGGUUCGGAGUGGCUUAUUGGGCUUUUCGUAAGUUAAACACCCACAGAAAUAUUUUCUGUCAUGAACAACAAAAAUGUCGAAAUGCAGUUAACGUGAUUUUAUUCAUUUUGGGUGGCGUAGCAGUACCCUUGGGGCUUUUUAUAGCUUUCUUGUUUAGUGAUCUGGCUCAAUUUUUUCUGUUUGCAUGCAUUGUCUGUAGCGUCACCGCAAUCCUAGCUAAAGCUAGGCCCUGGAAAAAGCUGUCCUGUUGCUCGGGAGGCAAGUGUAAUUGCUCGGCACCGAAUGCCGUGGAAAUUUUUCAAGGGUUUUUUAUCUUUUUCACCUUAAUCAUUUUGGUGGUAGCCUUUGGCGUUUUCACGUUGCUACCCACCACAAACAAGACAUCCUCGCCGGAAAACUCCCGUUACCAAAACAAAGAAUGCGUAAUUUUCGAUUUUUUCGACUGGCACGACCUUUGGCAUUUUUUGUCUUCCUUUGCUCUCCUCAUGGGCGCAUUUGUUGUCAUGUUCAUAAGCUCUGAAACAAUGCACAACGACGAGAACGCGGAAGGGUAGCGUGUAUUUUUCAAAAGUAUGAGCAGAUAGAUAUAUAGAGGCUAACUAGGUCUGUACUUCAACCAUCAACCUCGUUCCCAGGGCUUUUCCCUUUUUGAAUAUUUUGGUGGGCGCCAAAAUAUUCAAAAAGGGAAAAGCCCUGGGAACGAGGUUGCUUCAAACAUGUGGCCAUGGCCCACCCACUGCCAGCUUAUCCCUGUCAGUUGCAUUGAACGACUUGGAGUAUCACUACAUUCCCUUACAUGGGAAGUUAGUCCCCAGUACUUCAUCAGGCUUCCCUGACAAUUCACUAGUACCCAGUUUUACUCCUGGGUGGAGAGAGAACGAGAAUAAAGUAUUUUAUCCAAUGACCCGUCUAGGUCUCAAAUCCAGACCACUUGACCGGGAGUCCAUCAUUUUGAGAAAAUGAGAACUAAAAAAAGGUAACAAAUAGUCUGAACAAACACGCGAGUGUGAGAGGGCUUAAAUACAAUUUAUAAAACCGCUGAACAAUCACGCGCGCGUGUAAGAGAACUAAAAUACAUUUUGAACCGCCAUAAUCCCCAUUCUAGCCUACAAAAUGAGCCUCAGUUCCCAACAAAGUAACAAUAAUUUCCUGAAGCGACAUGAUGUUAUGUACUGCUUACUAUGUAUAGCUAAGUAAAACAUUAUAGUCAACUUAGUCUUUAACUGAGUGAUUUUGUUUCAGUCUUGUUCGUUCUCAUUAACUAUGUGCUCAUUACAUUAUCUUCCAGAAGUUAUCUUUCUAAGAAUAUAUCUACAAAUGUAAUGUUUAAGAGAAUAUUAGCUAAGGUAGCUGCACUUCGUCGCCUUAAGCGCUUAGUGCCUCCAAAGACUUUGAUUCUUCUCUAUAUAGGAGUUUUGUAGUAUCGCAUUUUGAAUAAUAUAUAUAUAUAUAGAUAUUUACUCCUUGGUUUCGGUAAAACUUCCUUUGAGAAAUUAGAAGACACUAAUUGUCAUGGACUACGAACAAUGAUGACAAAAUUAAUAAAAAGGCUAUCAUAUAACAAUAAGUUUCCCUGUCUAAUUUACAAGGAAAUGUCCAACACUCAUUAGGGAGAAUUACUAAGUGGACCCUAAGGAGAUAAAAGUUGACAUCAAUUCGUCAUGAUGAACUCGUCAAGUUCCAUUGUUAAGAAGGUUGCGGGAGGCAUGCCUUAAAAAAAAAUUGGACAGCUAACUAAAAAAAAGCGACACACGGAAUAUUUACAUCACAAUCGACAAGUGUAAACAAACUACCAAUGAAGUAAAAUGCCUUAAUGUCAUUUGCAACCGAACAAGACAAACAAGACAAAAUUAACUGUUUCUCGCUAAUCGUGCAAAAUUGAUCUGACAAGGACUUCAGAUGCUGUAUUAGCAUGCUAAGUCGCGUAACUUUACUGUCGUAUAUUUACAUCUCUGAUUAACAUUUGAAAGAGACCGAAGGCUGCUUGUACAAGAAAUUCUGAGGCUGGAUCAAUUACGUUUACCAUGUGUCGCUGGGGCUGCCGCGAAAAUAAUAUGGUAGGUACUUGUGGUACUAGCAAUGUGAAGUUCUGACUCAGCUCUGCCUGCUUACAUCGGAAAGUUUUGAAGUUUCGUUUCUCAUAAGAGAUUUGAAUGAUCCCAUAGCAAGAUUGAUCAGAAUUGAAUAACAUUCGGUUUGCGUAAGUUUACAAAAUGUAAAUAUUUUGUAGAUAUAUUGAGAUCGUCAAGAAGCCUUAGGAAUUAAAAACAAAAAUAAGAGCUGUGUUGGAGCUAAUUUAGGGCCAUAACUAAAAGUCGUUUCUCCAAUCAGCUUCAAUCAGUACACAUUGAGAAAAAAUUUAGCGCGCGCGUAUCAAGUGUGCCGGCUU